GUGUUUUGUUUCCGUUUUGUCUCCAGCACAUUGAAGCUCUCAUUUCCGUUUGUAGUCCUAAUAUUUGAAAAAAGGGAGAAUUGUUUCUUUUUGGAUUUGCUAGCCAUGACUAAGAGAGAUGCUGAGGAGUUGAUAGAAAUAGAAAUCGAUGGUAACGAGAAACAGGAGUGUACAGAGGAAACAAUUGUGGAACAGACUUUCACAACAGCUGAAUUUGUAAGUCAGGCAAUUGACAUCAACGAACCUAUUGGUACUCUGAGAAAACUUUUGGAAGCCCGACUCCAAUGCUGCUUGGAUGCUUAUGAAAUUUGUCUUCAGGAUAUUCAGUUGGAUCCUGACCGAAGUCUGUUUGAUCAAGGAGUGAAAACUGAUGGAAUAGUACAACUAAGUGUACAGGUGUUGUCCAGACAAGGAGUAGAGCCAAAAUUGAACAUUUUAGAAAUUGUCAAGCCAGUGGAAACAGUUGAAGUGGUUAUAGACCCAGAUGCUCAUCAAGGUGGAGCAGAAGCCCAUCUUGUUGAGGAAACUCAAGUCAUUACACUUGAUGGCACCAAGCAAAUUGCUACAAUUCCUGAUGAAACUUCAGAGCAAGUAACACGAUGGGCCGCAGCAUUGGAAGGCUAUCGCAAAGAACAAGAACGCCUAGGAAUACCUUAUGAUCCAGUCCAGUGGACUUCAGAGCACGUUCUCCACUGGGUAGUCUGGGUGAUGAAGGAGUUUGGCAUGACAGAGAUAGACAUCAGUAACAUUACCAUUCCAGGACGGGAGCUUUGUCUCCUGUCACAAGACGAAUUCUUUCAGAGAGUCCCUCGAGGAGAAAUACUUUGGAGUCACCUUGAGCUCCUUCGAAAGUAUGUAUUGGCAAGCCAAGAACAUGGUGGUGAAAUAGCAACAGUUAACACUGAUCAGCGAAACAAUGGACAGAUCCAGCUUUGGCAGUUUCUUCUGGAACUCCUAACUGACAAGGAUGCAAGGGACUGUAUUUCAUGGGUUGGAGAUGAAGGAGAAUUCAAACUAAACCAGCCAGAACUGGUAGCACAGAAAUGGGGACAAAGGAAAAACAAGCCAACAAUGAACUAUGAGAAGCUUAGUCGUGCACUUCGCUAUUACUAUGAUGGCGACAUGAUAUGCAAAGUUCAGGGCAAACGUUUUGUCUACAAAUUUGUCUGUGAUUUGAAAACACUUAUUGGUUACAGUGCUGCAGAACUUAAUCGCUUGGUCACAGAAUGUGAACAGAAGAAAUUGGCUAAGAUGCAGCUCCAUGGUAUCGGGCAGCCUGUUACUGCAGUAGCGUUGGCUACAGCUUCCUUGAAAAAUGAAGACAGCUAGGCACUAGAAACUUACUGACUUAAGGCUGUGGAGGCCUUUGUAUACAGUACAGAAGGAGCAAUGGUUGCUUUUUCUUUAUUUUCUUAAUCAAGCCUAUUUUUUCCUACACUGUACAGUAUUGAUGCAUGAUUUUCUAUGCGCAACACAAACACAGUCUGUUGGAAUUUGGAUUCUCCAGAUCGUUUCACUUUUUGUAAUAGAUCUUGUUUUUUUGGUUUACAGCUGUAUAUAUGUCAAGGGAUCACUGACUUUUUUAUAAUGCCAUGUUUUGCCCUCUAGGGCAGACAUCUUAAAAUCCUGGGAAGACUAUCCCAAGCUCCUUCAGGAUUCAUUCAUGGACAGCAUCUGUCGUAAUAGGAAAGGCCAUCUUUCAUAGACUUUAGUAAGUUAACAGAACCUCUCUACUGCAUUGUUUUCCCGUUUGACUACUUAGGUGGAACUUGGCACUGUGGACUUUGGAAUUGUCUGUCAAGGAGAGCCUGUUGCUCCACCCUGUUCAGCAUAAAUAACACAACCAAAAAGCAUAAACAUUUUAGACUGACUGACAGUGGAAAUGUCUUUCUAAUAGAAAAUAUAUUUUUUCAAAAUUGAUAAAUCUUUUAAUAGGGACAUCAAGUCUGAACUGUGGCAUAGUGACAUAGUACCAUGAUGCACUUCGUGAGGUCUGGGAUUCAAGAACUUAGUAGGAUUUUACUGUCUCUUGGUCAUCGGGGCCUGGGGUGAAUCACUUAUUAUUUCAAUGUCUUUUCUGAUAAAGGUAAGAAGCUGAAUUACUUAUCAGCUACAUUACCAGUGGAAUUGAUGAAAGUUGCGCCUUGUUAUAAGAUUGAUCUUACUGUCAGAAUUGAAAUCCUAACUGUUAUGAAUGGUAAAAGAAUCCUGGGCGUUAGUUUUACAGGGCAGGAGAUUUAGAAAAUGGGCAGUAUCCAUCUGAUACACUUGAUUAGUAUUGGGGAUCGGGGGGGGGGGGUUAAAGGCUGACUGAGGAUGGUGCAUAUUACUUUAUGCUGACAGUUUACUUAUUCAUGGAUUUGGUUGAAAGUUAUGCUUCAUUUGACGAUCAUAAUUGCAUCCCAAGCUUGUUUUUUUACGUCUUUACAUUGUACGUUGCAUCUUAUGUAAACAGCCCAGUAUGACAGUAGUGUAAUGCUGUAUAUGAUUAAUGUUCCUGUGUAACUAGUAAGAUAAUCCGUGACCAUGUUCCACUGUAUUUUUCCCUAAUAAGCACAAAUGUUGCAGAGAUAUCCAUAACAUUCCCUAGAACAGUGUUGCCCAGAUUUGCUGCAUUUAAACUUCAGUCAUGCGAAAUUGAAAGCAAGUGUGGACAUGUUGCUCAGUCUAGCAGUACAUAUAAUGUAAAAAAAAAAAUACAUUUUAGAAUUAUUCAGAUAUUGUAUAUAAAUGUAAAUGAACUGAAAGAAGGAAGCACUUUGAUUUGCUCCGCACCUGUAAUAGAUUCAAUAUGUCGGUCAGAGGAUUGAUAUUACUUAGCUGCCUGUAAAAGACAUUCUACAUAAAAUGUGUAAGAGCAUUAUUGUAAAAAAGUAUCAUUUAUUAGUUUUCAUGGUAUAAUAUAGAACAUGAAACACAAGGCUACCACUUAAUUUGUUUAUUUUGUUCUUGAAACAAAUCCUGUUUAUCAUAGAGAGAGACAUAAUCCAUUUUAAAGGUUAAUAUUCAGAGUAAGCAGCACAUACUAUAUAUAGUUCAGCCCAUUUUUCCUGCCGCAGGUCUUUGUCUUUAAAGGUUCAGGCAAGCUUUGCAAAUGGGAAGCUGAGUAAUUUCUUGGUUCUGGAAGUAAAAUCUGUGUAGCCAUUAGGGUUAAUCAUAGUUUUGAAGGUAUAUAAAUAUGCAUUUGAUUGCAGACUUUACCUGGCAAGUUUAAUCACCUUGUAAUAUUAUUAUUGUCUUUCUUGCUUUGGUAUUGUUAUUGGGGAGGGGGUGGGGGCAGAGUUUAUUUUUUUAUCUUUUUUUUUUUUUUCCUUGUUUUUUAUCAUCACAAAGACCAUCUAGAACCCAGACAAAAACAGUAUACGUAAUAUUUAAACCAGAGGACAGUGACGGCAUGCCGAAUGCAGUUUUAAACAGGUUGAUUUGAUGACCUUAUCAGUUACUUGAGCACGUACUGUUGCUCAUUCUCAAAGGAAUCCAGUUUAUAUUACCAAGAAUGCUAGUUAGCUUGCUUGCAAAUUGUUAAAACAUAUUCCCACUUCAUUUUUUAAAUUUUUUUUGUUAUUUUUGCAAAUAUUUUUACCCUUUUGUGACUUUUGAAUAAAAAAGACACUUGUACUCUA